AGGUUCCUUCAUUUCGAAUUUGAAGGUAAGACGGUAAGAGCCAGAAGCAAAGUUGCUGAAGAUCAAGAUUCAAAAUGUUUUCUAUCGACAAAGAAUAUGAGCGUGACGCGAAAUUGAGAAGACAAGAUGUGAAAAGUUUGAUGGUAUGGAUCGACACCCAGCCACAUUUACCUAAAAUUUCUGAACACGAAGCCAUAUUAUUCUUGAAAAGCUGUUAUUAUAAUAAUGAAUUUGCCAAAACAACCUUGGAUACAUAUUAUUCCUUCAGAACCUUGGAACGUGAUAUGUUUCAUGCUAGGAGUGACAAAGUCUUGAUACAAACAUGUAAAGUAGGAUUGAACGCGCCGCUAAGCAAGCUCACACCAAAGGGAGAUAGUAUCUUCUUAAUGUAUUUGUUAGACCCAAAUCCUGAAUUUUUCGAACCAAUCAAUCUUUUCAAAUUAGCAGAUUCAGUAAUAACCCUAAAUCUUCAUUUAAAUGGACCUCAUGAUGGACUCCAAGUCAUUUCCGACAUGAAGAACUUCACACUAGGCCAUUUACCAAAAAUUAAUUUGACCAUAGCAAGGAAAGGUCUUGAAUACAUUCAGCACGCAUUGCCGGUAAGGCUAAAAGGGGUUCACUUCAUCAACAUCAAUAAAACUCUUAUGGAUAUGUUGAUGUCCCUGGUCAGACCUUUCAUGAAUAAGGAAUUGAUAGAUUUGAUACACAUUCACAGUGGUAUAUCAGAUUUGACGAAAUUUAUACCGUUAAAUUGUUUACCAAAGGAUUAUGGAGGUCAAGAACUAUCGUUUGAAGGUCUACAAGAGAAAAUGACAAGAGAUAUGUUGGAAAACAGGCAAUUUUUCGAGUAUCAAGAUACGCAGCUUGUGGAUGAGAAGAAGAGACCCAAAAACUCAAAGCUUUCUCUUGAUAUUUUCGGAGUAUCCGGUACUUUUAAGAAAUUAGAGUUAGACUAGGAUGUUCCUAAGUAAAGUUCAAAAUUGACUCAGACUAAGAGUGGUAUAUAGUUAAUACGAAGAAAUUUUUUUUCAAAUACCUACAAUACAUUGUAUCUUAAUAGACCAAUAAAUGGUCUACUUAUAUUUCACACCCUAUAAACAAAUCUGAAGAUUUUCGACAAAUUAUAAGCAUUUCUAUAAAUUUUCAGAAAAAAAGGUUGUCUAGAUACUUCUGUCGGUUACUUUGUGUGAAACACCCUGUAUAUAGCAAAAUAAUGUGAGUAAAAAAAGAAAAAAAAAAAAUCAAUUUG